CACAUCUCAGCCCACGUAGGCUCAAUACAUCCAGUUGGGCUCAAAGCCCGAGCGCCGCGUGCUGCUGCCCACAGCCCACACACUCUCCCUCGCCCAUGGAGCGGCUCAAGUCGGCGGUGCCGGCGGAGCUCCGGCGAGCCGUCGGCGAGGGCACGGCGGCCGACCUCCCCUCCACCACCUCCCGCUUGCUCGCCUUCCUCGAAGCUCUCCCUCUCUUCCGCCAGGUGAUUGGUGAGCUGACCGACCCGGAGCUCGCGCUGUGCCGCAAGGACAAGGGGAGGGCGGCCGAGCUGAAGGGGAAGGGGAAUGCGUGCUUCUCCAAGAGAGAGUUCGAGCAAGCGCUUGGAUUCUACUCGCAGGCGUUACGGUACUUCCCGAUUAGUCCUGAUGGAACGGAUGCAAGCUUGAUAGCCACAUUAUAUGUCAACCGUGCCUCUACCAUGCAUAAAUUGGGCCUUUUGGAAGAGUGUCUGCGAGAUUGCGACAGGGCCAUUUCUGUUUCACCUAAUUAUGCUAAGGCAUGGUACAGAAGGGGGAUGGUAAAUGCAUCUUUUAGGAACUAUUCAUCUUCCAUACAUGAUUUGGAGGUUGCUUUGAGCAUGGAAGUAACCUCUUCUGGAAAGAGUAACAUAGAACAAGAGUUGAAGUUGAUUUUACAAAAGCAUCAAAAUGUGAAUGAAGUUGGGACAGCAAGCAGCAAUUGCAUCAAUGCAGAUAUGCCACAUACAGAGCAACAGCCUAAGGUUAUUCUAGAAUGUACCUCUACACCCAACAAAGGUAGAGGAAUGUCGUCUCCAAAUGAUAUUUCUCCAGCCUCACUGAUUCAUGCUGAGGAUCCUCUUGCUGUGAUUAUCAUGAAAUCUUGCCGGGAUACUCACUGCCACUAUUGCUUUAGUGAAGCUCCAGCAGAUGUCGUAGUCUGCCCUUCAUGUACAAUACCCAUUUACUGUUCAAACAGGUGCCAGGAGAAGGCUAUAGGACAAAUGUCUUGUAAUCAAAAUACUCAUCUAGAAUCUAACAAUAAUGUGGUGGAUAUUGCAAAAUUGAGUGUAACUUCUACAAAGAGCAAGACUCCAGACUCUAAACAAAUUGCUGAACAUAGGCAUGAAUGUGGAGGUGCCUGUUGGGCAGCUGUUUUGCCAGCUGAUAUAGUUUUAGCUGGGCGGAUAAUGGCACAGUACAUAGAGAAACAAUUGCUGGUCGGAAAGAGAUCUACCAUCUCUGGUCCAAAUCUGGAUCUCGUUCACCACUAUGAUCAAGAUUCUUCUGCUAGCAAAUUUGAGUCACAUAUAUAUGCAACUGUCCUGUUCUUAUGCCUCCAGAGCUAUUAUAAAUCAGGUGUCUCGUGGGCAGAGGAUUCUUUAUCACAGUUGGUUCUUUUGAUAUGUCAAAUUAAAGUCAACUCAAUUGCAAUUGUUCAUAUGAAAUCCAUGGAUGGAGUCAAGGCGCUGACAAAGGGGUUUUCUGGAUUUAGUGGUGAUGUUAUGUGUAGUGUGGAACAGGUCAGGGUUGCUCAAGCUAUUUACAUGUCUGGUAGCUUUUUCAACCACUCGUGCCGGCCCAACAUACAUGCAUAUUUUCAUUCGCGCACUCUCAUUCUAAGGUCUACAGAAUAUAUAAAAGCAGGUAGCCCAAUCGAGCUGUCAUACGGCCCACAGGUUGGUGAGAUGGAUCUUCCAGAGAGACAAAAGUCACUUCGGGAGAAUUACUACUUCAGUUGUGGGUGUUCAAGUUGUUCAGUACUAAGUCUAUCAGACCUUGUCAUGAAUUCAUUUUGCUGUCCGCAAAGUAAUUGCCUUGGUGCUGUAUCAGAAUUAAUUCAUCAUAGACACAAAGAGAAUUUUGUGCAUGUUUCCAUAGGAGAAUCUCAUGUCUGUACAUUAUCAUUACCUGAUGUAUCUAAGUUUGAUGAGGAUAUAGUGAAGGUUGGAAAACUAUUUUUCAAGAGUGAUACCAUGUUCAACAUAGAUCCUGGAUUCUGUAUGAGUUGCAGAUCCCAACUUGACUUGUCUUCUGCUGUUGCUAUGUCAGAUAGAGCAACAUCAAAGAUAAACAGAUUGAAGGAGCUUCCAUCUCUAGACAAUGUCCCUGAAGUCCUCAUUGCAGAAGCACUACAAUCCUUAGAACGCAUUGAGAAGUUAAGGCACCCAUAUAGCAAGACUCUUGCUCAGUCACACGACACAAUUGCUGAGGCCUUUGCUAAGGUAGGAGAUCAAGAACAAGCAAGAAAACACUGUGAAGCAUCCAUCAAGAUUCUUGAGAAGCUUUACCACCCCAGGCACAUCAUCAUCGCGCACGAGUUGAUCAAGCUCGUCUCCAUCGAGCUUUCCAUGGGAGAUGGCGCAAGCGCGGCUGCUGCAUUCGCCCGGGCAGAUGCGAUAUUCUCGCUGUAUUAUGGGCCUGAUGUAGAGAGGAUUUUGCCCUACGUUGAUGUGCUCAGAAGAACUGUCAGUGAACGGUCUAUUGAUUCAUGUUGACCAUCUUACAGUAUGUGUAUCAGUACAUGCUGUUGUAUCAGCAAUUAGUAGACAAAUCUAGAAAAAGAGAUCAGAUUAGUUAGACCCAUUACGUUACAGAAAUCUAGAAAAAAUAGAGCAUAUUAGUUAAACCCAUCUACUACAUUACAGUCUUGCCCCUGUGUUUUAUGAAUUUUCUUCUGGGAUUUUCUGAAACCUACAUGAUUUCUGAAAUUUCAUUAGCAUUUGCAGUGUCAAAAGAGGAUGGUACUAGAGUAAUAAUAAGAUAGUAAAGCCUGGUAGGGCUCUGUUUUUUGAA